CAGCCCAAUUGCCAUUUGCUACCCAGAUCCUAGAGCACCGCUGCUGCUGCCCUGUGGCUCCCUGCUGCUCUGUUGUACCCUGUCCUCCUCUCCCUUUGCGUCCUACGACCAUCUUCGAGCUCAAAGGAUAUCGCUCUGAGCUGGCUUGAGGCUCUUGCCUUACUCGCACACCAGGCCUUCAAGCGCGUCCACCCACCCAGGGGAUCCCAGGCUUGCGCUCUACCACAUCAUCGCUCGCUCGCCCAGCAUGUCCUACGAGUCCACCCUCCCCUCAGCCGCGAGCUUCUACGUCUCCACCAUUCCCUCUCUCCAAAAUUCCUCCUCUCUCCUCCUCUACGCUGGCAAUCUUCCCGCUCGAGCUCCCGCAACCCUCCUCUCAAAAGAACCAGAGAAUGAUGCUCAUCUCUACUUCCUUCUAGAGAAGGCAAGACACUUGGGUGGUGGACCUGACGGGAAGAGAAGACUGCUACUUUGGUUCAAUGGUGGACCUGGUUGUUCGUCCUUUGAUGGCGUCAUGAUGGAGAUUGGAUCUUUCCGGCCUUCACUCGCAGCCAAGGGAUCACUGGAAUGGACCACUCCAGGAGGAGCGUGGAAUGAGUACACCGAUGUCCUCUUCCUUGAUCAGCCAGUCGGUACAGGAUUCAGCUAUGUCAAUACAGAUGGAUACGCAAAGACGUUGGAACAGGCGGCGCAGGAUGUGAAUUACUUCUUGCAUAGGUUUCUGGAGAUCUUUCCGGAGUAUAAGAAGGAGAGUGGGACGGAAUUCUUCAUUGCUGGGGAGAGCUUUGCUGGACAAUAUAUUCCCUACACAGCCCACGCAAUCCUCUCGGACCCACAAUCUCGCCUGGACCUGCAGGGCAUCGUGAUAGGCAACGGCGCCAUCGACCCGCUGUCCCAGGCAGGCUCAGAGCUGGACAUGAUGCUCGAAGCCGGCAUCUGGAAAGCCGGCGAUGCAAAGGCCACGAAGAUCAAGCAGCGCAACGCUCUCUGCGAGGCGGAGAAGCGCAAGAUCACAAAGGGCAAACACCCGCAGGACAUACCGGUCUGCGAAAACUUGCUGAGGGACGUCAUCAAUGAGAGCUUAGACUCCGCCAGUGGAGAGACUCGCUGCAUCAAUAUUUACGAUGUACGGUUGACCGACAGCCACCCCGCCUGUGGUAUGAAUUGGCCACCGACCCUACAAGCAACGUACGACUAUCUAGCUCGGAAUGACGUACGCGAUGCAUUCCAUGUGAACAAGGCAAAACAUCCCCAGGCAUGGAUCGAAUGCAAUCAUCGAGUCUCUUCUGGACUCAGGUCAGACAAGUCAGAAGCUAGUGUGGUGUUGUUGCCUGGAAUUCUUGACAAGGGCGUAAAAGUGAUGCUCUUUGCGGGUGAUCAGGAUCUGAUAUGUAAUCACAUCGGGAUAGAGCGGCUGAUUGACAAUUUGAAGUGGAAGGGACAGACAGGUUGGGGUUCGACACCCGCUCCCAAGCGCUCCUGGAGAGUGAACAAUGCCCACGCCGGCUACUGGCAAGAAGCGCGAGGUCUCACCUACGUCAAUGUAGCCAAUGCGAGCCACAUGGUAGGCUUUGACAAGCCCGUCGAGGCGCACGACAUGAUGUUACGCUUCAUGGGUGUAGACCUAAUGGGUGCUGCUGGCCCCUCUGCCCUGAUACAGAGCUCCCUCGAGGGUGAGACGGAUCGCAAACUCAUCGUUGCACCUGCUGGGGCUGGGGCUGGGACUGGGACUGGGUCGAGUGGAGGCUUGCUAGGUGGCAUCAUUGGAGGUGCAACGGAGGAUCAUCGGCCGAUGGUUGUGGGUGCUGAUGGAAAGAGCGAGGAGGAAGUGGCAGAGCAGGCCAAAUGGGCCGCAUACUACAACGCGGGCUCAGCAGCCCUAAUCGUCAUUCUCAUCCUCGUAACCGUAGGCACCUGCAUUCUACUCCGACUGCGUCGUCAAGCCCGUCGACACAAUCGCUACCCACACUCUCCACACCUCUCCUCGCCACGACUCAACGGCGGGAUGGGUGGUAGCGGUAUCGGUGGAGGUGGAGGUGCGGGAGGAAAGUCGGAUCAAGAGAUGGAGUUGGAGAGACUUGUCGAGGAAGGAGAGGCGGCAGAGGACGAGGAUGACGACUACUACUCCAAUGACGACGAUGACGACGACUAUGACGACAAAGGGGCAAGUAGACGGAGGACGACGGGCAGUGGGAAGCACGUCACAUUUGAAGAUCGACGUCGUACAGGCAAGGGUAAAGGCAAGAGUCAACUCUCCUCUACCUCUGCAGGCAUUACAAGUGGGACUGCCGCUGCUGGCAGUGGUGGUGCUUCGCCUUCUUAUCGAUAUCGGAGUGGAGCAGAGCAUGGAAUAGGGGUGAGAGAAGGGGAAGGGGCAGGGGCAGGGGAUGAGCAACUCUUUGAUGUUGGAGAGGACGAGGAGGAUGAGCCUUCUUCUGCUCGGAGGUAGAGGUAGACGUGGUGAGGUGGGAGGGCAAGAAGAGGGGGGAGGAGGCGGCUCUAUGAAGAAAUUCAAAUCGUGCUAGACUUAUACUGCACUGCACUGCACUGUAUCCCACCCUCACUCGAGGGUCAAUCGAUUCACUUCCUUCUUCCACUCAUACUUAUGAAUUUCUUCCAUGCCAUGUCUAGUAGAUCACCCCUUCUUCCUCAUUCCAACCUGACCUGAA